AAUCGUUCGCUGGCGAUUUACUAAUCAAGAUGGGAUCGUUUGACAAACGCUCGUUCAGUUGAAUAUCAAUUGUUUGUUCAAAAAAAUACGUACAAUCAAAAAGGUACAAAAAUAAUGAUAUUGUUUUGUUGCAACGAAUGCACUGACUCAUGUUGACAUUCAAUUAUUACGUUUAAUGAAACGAAAAGACGAAAAGACGUUCGUAUAGUUAUAAUGUUUUGGCUCUUUGAGCAUUUAUAUUUGUUUGAUGUAUUAUAAAUAUAUAUAUUUGUUUUGUUAUGUUGGAGAAUAUUGAAGUUGUAAUUAUAAUAUGUAACGAAGUUAUGGAAUAGUAAAAAUAUAUAUCGAUAUUUUUCUUUAGUAAAAGUUCUUCUCAAGCAGAUUUUUCAACAUUCACAAAGAUCACUGUGUAAAGUUGAUGAGAUUUUGAUGAAAUUCCAAAAUAACUAUCACAUGUAAACAGGUCUUUCUGUUUGGGUAUCAUUAUUUUAUAAUAUAAAAUUAUUACAAAAAAAGACAAAUGCAUGUCUGUACUAAUGAAAGCCCCAUUUUGGAUGAAAUCAUUUUAAAAUUUGGUUGCAUAGAAUGGUAAUUUAAUCUCCUACUAACCUUGAAAGAUCUUUUUUCUCUGUUUACUGAAAUUUCAUAUUUAUCAUAAAAUAGGAAUUUCUGGGCUUGCUUGCUAAAACAUACACCUGAAAUAAGAUGUGUUGCAUCAAAUUAAGCAAAUUAUUCAACACUUUUUAACUCUCAUGUUAAUAUUCAUCUAGCAGAUUUAAUUCUGUUAAGUAAAUACAGUUGCCACAAGUCAUUCAAAUGCAAAAGUUGUCUGUAUUUAUAUCUCAAAAACAAAUGAAAGGAAAAUUAGAUUUUUUAAGCUGCUCAUAAGCUAAUGAAUUUCGAACAAUCACUGGUUAGAUGUAAACCUAACUUCCUAUAGUCAUAUAUUAUUUCUACUGCUAUGUUUCAAUAACCUUUGUAAAAUUUUUAUUUCUUAAAUCCACAUAAUUAUGGACAAGCUGCUUGAUUACUUUUGUUAAAAACUAUUAAACACUUGUCAACCAUAGCAACUGAAGAAUUAAUACUUCCUGAAAAGAUUGAUAUCUCAAAAUUACAUGAAGAAGUAAAAAUUUGGUUAUUUCAGCUAAAAUCUUUUGAUGCUUUAAAACUAGAAGGUUGACAAUUUUCAGUUUCCACCUUCAAUGCCUCCGUAUAAACUUAGUAUAUCAGGUUUUGGAUUUAAAAUUUUUUUGAAUACAUGAAGUUUUAUUGUUUUAUUACAAAGAUGACAGUUCUUACCAGUACAUCAUAUGCCUUCAUUUUUAGAUAAAUAUUCUUCAUAGUUUAAGGAACAACAAGUUUCCCCAGUAUAUUUUUCCAUUUCAUAAUGAUGACUUCCUCAUGAUGCUACAAAAAUUAAAAGUGAGAAGUUGAGGGUUGAGCACCAUUUGUGCAUUAAGUCACCACAGGAAGUGAAUAGUAAUAAUUUCUCUUACUGGUAAGUUAACCUUACAGUUAAGAUGCAAGUAUCCGUAGCAAAAGUUGAGAAAGAAACACAUCUUUUUAAUUCACAAAUGUUGACUUGUUGUCUUUGAGAUGUUAUUUGUUUCCCGCGUGACUGUCCCGUAUCUUCUGUGCUCGACAUGGGCGAAGCGUGCGCUUUCUCUGUUCGCGUAAAAUUUUAAAAUGUUCCGUCAAAAACGUUUCGUUGUAACGAAUCAGCUUAAUCAGAUAGUAGCUUAUUACUCAAACAAUAGAAGUAGACUUACUUUUCCUUGCUCAGGAAGGGUAAUUGUGUUAAAAUCACAAUUCCACGACCCGUAUUUGAAUUUGGGAUAUGAAAACUGGAUGUAUGAAAAUAUAGAUUUUGAAAAUCAUGACGUGUUGUACUUCUGGCAAAAUCUACCGAGUGUUGUGAUUGGCAGACAUCAAAAUCCAUGGCUGGAAUGCAACUUGAAGUAUUUGAAAGGGCAUGAGAUAAAAGUUGCCAGACGUCAUAGUGGUGGUGGUACUGUUUAUCAUGAUAUGGGAAAUCUGAAUGUCACUUUCAUGACAAGUCGAUCAAAAUAUGACAGAAAGAAAAAUUUACAAUUAAUAGCCCAUUCUCUUUCAAAAACUUGGGGCCUUGACAUAGAUUUAUCAUCAAGAGAUGAUUUAAUUUUGGAUGGUUUGUUUAAGGUUUCUGGCUCAGCUGCAAAGCUAGGAAAAUCUUCGAGUUAUCAUCAUUGCACGAUACUUUGUGAUACUGACCUUGAUAAGUUGACAAAAUCAAUCACAUCACAAAUGACAGUUACGUCUAAAUCAACAGCAAGUGUAAGAUCAGUAGUUACCAAUCUGAAGGAUCAAGUGAAAUCAUUAGAAAUAGAUGAAGUAAUGAAUUGUAUUGCUCAGACUUAUGCUGGAACUGACGAUGUCCAGAUUCUGAAAAUGCAUGUAUUUGAUGAGCAUUUUCAUGAAAUAACUAAAAUGAAAGAUGAGUUGAUGACUUGGGAAUGGAUUUAUGGGAAAACUUCUCCUUUUAUGAUCACAAAGACAUUUGCUUUCAAUUCUGGUAUCAUUGUGAACAUGGAAAUCGUCAUAAAGGCUGGCUCAAUAGAUGAAGUGACUCUUACACCUAAUGUACCUAUCCAAGAUAAACUGAAUAAAAUUAUGAAAGGAGUAAGAUUACAUUGGGAAGAUCUAUCUCAAAGAAUUGCUCACUUUUCCUUAGAGAAUAAUAAACAUCAGAACAAUACUGGCAAUGAUGUUCAUGUAAUUACCAAUGCAUUGCAAUCAUUAAAAGAAGAUGUUUAAACAAA